AUGAGUGCCAAGGCAUGCACGGAGGCACCGCUACCGCUGCUGCUGCCGCCGCCAUUAUGGCCAUUGAUGAUGACGCGACGUGGUGUUAGUGUGCGCGCGCGCAUGCAUGCGUGCAGCCAUCACCACCGCCACUAUCUCGUCCCAGCUAUUCCGCCACCUCUGACUUCCAAGGCGCUUUGGUCUAGGCCUACACUCAUGCACACACACACAAAGCGAAGGGCCGCCAUGAUUAGGGAGGAUGUAAAGCGCGGCUCGAAAAUGAGCUGCCGUUCUCGCGCUUUUUCGUGUAAAAAGGCAAUGUCGGGCAGGGUAGGACAGAGGGAGAGUGUCAGGCGAGGGCCGAAAUGGGCCGCCAUCACCGCCUCCACCACCGCUAUCAUUAAAGCGCCUGGCAGAAAUCGGAUAUGGUUGGCUGUGGUGGUGGCAGUGGAAAAGUUUAUGGACGCCCAGAUGCACCACGCACACCGAUUAUGCUCCCUCCUAGCGCCCUUCGGAUUCGUAGCUUCAUGCGCACAACAAGAGCGAGCGAGAGAUCCCACACCACCGCCGCCUCUACUGAAGUGGUACUUUGCCAGGCACCGCGCCCCCACACACAGUGAAGAGACUUCAAAUGGCCCACAAACACAGACACCCACAUUUGUAGCCGCUGCAGCCGCCGCUCUUCCGACUGCCACUACCACCUCUGGUGCUCCUGUUACCACAAGGAAUGACUGCCGCACUAUACCGCGCCACACUAUACCAAGCUACAUCGUGCGACAAAAAUGUUGGUCGGUCAUUGGAGGAAUGGGAGAACGCAAUCAGCGCAAACUAAUGCGUUAA